GCUGGCCGGGCUGUCCCAGCCACAAAGAGGAGCUGUGACAGAGGUGGCUAUUGUUCUGCCCCUUCUUAUCUAAAUGGAGCAAAUAUCCUGUAUGUAAAAUAUAUAUAUUUUCACCAAGAAGGCAGGACCAGCGUAGAGACGAAGGUUUCCUCCUCGAGUGACUUCACUUCCCAAAAUUAGCAGAAAAAAACGUUUCAUCCGGUUAACUGUCUCUUUUUCGCUCUGCUGCAAGAAGGAAAGUUAAAAAAAGAGAGAGACCGAGAGAGAGGGAGGGAGGGAGAGAGAGGGGGAGAGGGGGUACAGAGAGAGCAACAAAACCGCUGGAAGGGCAGCGAGAAGAGCGAAAAGAGAGAGAAGGAUAAAAAACUUCAGGAGGCGUCAGUCGCAGGCUAAACCGGGUCAAUGUGUGGAAUAUUGCUGGUCCCGGCUGGAAGUUAUUCCCGAUGGACGGCACUAUUAAGGAGGCUCUGUCGGUGGUGAGCGACGACCAGUCCCUGUUUGACCCCACGUACGGCGCGGCCGCGCAGCUCCCCAAGGACAUGACAGCCUCCGGCAGCCCCGACUUCGGGCAGCCCCACAAGAUCAACCCCCUGCCCCCCCAGCAGGAGUGGAUCAACCAGCCCGUAAGGGUCAGUGUCAAACGGGAGUACGACCACAUGAACGGAUCCAGGGAGUCUCCCGUGGACUGCAGCGUGAGCAAGUGUGGCAAGCUGGUGGGAGCAGGGAGCGAAUCCAGCCCCAUGAGCUACAGCACCUACAUGGAUGAGAAGAACGGGCCUCCCCCCAACAUGACCACCAACGAGAGGAGGGUCAUCGUCCCUGCAGAUCCCACCCUCUGGACCCAGGAGCAUGUGCGCCAGUGGCUGGAGUGGGCAAUCAAGGAGUACGGCUUGAUGGAGAUCGACACCACCAUCUUCCAGAACAUGGACGGCAAGGAGCUCUGCAAAAUGAACAAGGACGACUUCCUGCGCACCACCUCCCCCUACAACACAGAAAUUCUGCUGUCUCACCUCAGUUACCUCAGGGAAAGUAGCUCACUGCUGGUCUACAACACUCCAUCCCACACAGACUCCUCACGUCUUGCCACCAAAGAAGGCCCUCCUGUCACAGGGACACAAAAUGUGAAUAAGACAACAGAGCAGCAGCGGCCCCAGCCAGAUCCCUACCAAAUCCUGGGGCCUACCAGCAGCCGUCUUGCCAAUCCAGGGAGCGGGCAGAUCCAGCUGUGGCAGUUCCUGCUGGAGCUGCUGUCGGACAGCUCCAACGCCAGCUGCAUCACCUGGGAGGGCACCAACGGCGAGUUCAAGAUGACGGACCCCGACGAGGUGGCGCGGCGUUGGGGCGAGAGGAAGAGCAAACCCAACAUGAAUUACGACAAGCUGAGCCGGGCGCUGCGCUACUACUACGACAAGAACAUUAUGACCAAGGUGCACGGCAAGCGCUACGCCUACAAAUUUGACUUUCAUGGCAUCGCCCAGGCCCUGCAGCCCCACCCCACCGAGUCCUCCAUGUACAAGUACCCGUCGGAUCUGUCCUACAUGCCGUCCUACCAUGCCCACCAGCAGAAGGUGAACUUUGUGCCCCCACACCCUUCCUCCAUGCCUGUCACAUCAUCCAGUUUCUUUGGAGCAGCCUCCCCCUAUUGGACCUCCCCUGCAGGAAGCAUUUACCCCAACCCCAACGUGCCCCGCCACCCCAACGCCCACGUCACGCCGCACUUGGGCAGCUAUUACUAAAUGCUUUGAUCUGCCAGUGGCCUUGAGCAGUCUGGUUGGACAUUUUCUUUACUCCUGGGAUUUGUAUGGUUUUUGGGGGGACCCUUAAUGGAUAAUUGUGGCCUUUCUGGGGAAGAAUUAAAACUGGAUAUUUGUAAUUCCUGGACCAAACAUUUUACUUUUGUAACUUUGCCUCUUGUGUCUUGAACUGAGAGAUGGAAGCUCCUGUGGGCCAGUACUCUGCAUUUUCUUUGGGGUUUAAGGCUUGUGUCCUCUGUAGGAAGUGACAGUGAAGAUGGUUCACCAUUCCCUGGAAUGAUUAUUAGCUUUUGGAUGAGAGCAAUUUUUAAGGAUUCAAAGGCUUUUGACAAGGCAUAGAUCCAGCAGUGGGUCGUAGGAAAAGAUGACCACAAUGGGGUUUUUCUCACUGGCCAUUUGACCAUUCAGUGGAGGACGUUGGGCUGCAGGGAACCACAACUGGAAUCUUAGCUCUAAGGCAGAGGAAGAAUUUCACCCAACUGGAAAUUAAAUAUAUAUAUAUAUAUAUUCAUAUAUAUAUAUGUAAAUGUAUAUUUUAAGAAGUAAAGGGCAUUGAAGGAACUUUUCUAGAGUGCAACUUCAUUUGACUGUGUGCGAACUCAGCAAGCAGCAGAAACCUGAACAAAGCAUAAGGCAAAGUCAAGCACAGGCAUUCCUGGGAACAGAAGGGAAGUGAAUAAACGACAGCAGGUCCCUGGCUCCGCCCGAGCCGCGGGGCUCUGGAAGCACCGAUUCGCGAACGCUGUGCGUUUGUCAGACCGUCAAACCUAGGGUCAACAAACCAGAAGGCAAAUUACUGUAUAAAUUAUGCAGAGUUAUUUUUCCCUAUAUCUCACAGUUUUAAAAGAAAGAGUAAAUAAAACGAGUUGACCUCGGUCACAAAUGCAGGUUUGUUUUUUACUAUCAGCUCAGUUGUUUUUUGUUUAUUUUUUUAAUGUAAUUUGUACAUCUUUUCAAUCUGUACAUUUGGGCUGUAGCUUUGUACUUUUUGCUAAAAAAAAAAAAAAAUUAAGACACGAGUAAUGUAUCUGUUGGAGAUAGGCUUAGUCCUGCAAUUGGAUCCAUGACUGACCCUCAAAGUAGCCAGAACCCCUCCAGAUUGCCCUGGGUUUGUCUAGAGGAGAGGAUUUUCUGUAUUAGUCUGUUGUAGCUGUCUGCAGAUUAACUCCACUUACUCCCGUGUUUGCAUUGAGGCUGAUUGAAAACAGGCCCAACAUCUCAAGGCAACCAUUGCAAUAUUCUGUGAUCGCUUUUCACCCAAAUCCUGAACUUUGGGAAGAUCUUAACCACUUCAUAGAUAAAACCAUUAAAUAUUCCUCUUUUUGAUGGCUUCUGCUAGGGGGUUCUGUGGAAAUCCAACCCCUUCCAGAACUCUGAGCCACCCCCAGCUUUGCAGAUGUGAAUGUGACGCUGCACAAGCAGCGGUUUGGUGCCAUAAACAGAGGGUAAACCACAAGCAUUUGGGGUUUGGAACAGAUGUCUGGGGGGUGAGAGUUCCAUGUACAACCCAUUAGCUGACUUGUAUUAAGUGGCAGCCAAUUAACAGGAUCACAACUAUCUAGUCUAGACCAACCCCUGGGACUCUGUGGGGGCGAGAUUUGGUCCAUGUGCAUCCCAUUGCAGGAGGGGAGUCUGAAACCAGAGCAUUGGAGUCAGCUCAGAAUGUUAAACACAAGCACUGAUGCAAUUAUUUAACAAAGUGGGAAGAGAAGAUCAAGCUAAUACAGUUAGCUCUUAGUGCUUUCGGGGUGUUUUUAAGCAACAUUUCUGCAAUAAUCGCAAAAUUUAAGUAUGAAGGAACUACCCAUGGGAAAUGGGGCUUUUGCUACUAUAUAUAUGCAAUGUACUUUUUGGAUAUUAAAAUAUAUAUAAUUUUGCAAGCUA